AUGUAUCGGGUCAUUGGAGUUCUGGCAGCUUGUCGGGCAAAAGGGCUUGGGCCUCUGGCUCUACAGUCUCCCAAGCGCUGGUGCAACACGAAGCGGAAGAAACAGGACGAGGGAACAACAGGGCAAAAAGAAAAGGGAAGCGCGUUCUUCAGGGACCACGCUCGGCAACACCACAAAUGCACGGUCAAUCAGCCGCGGCGGAGAACUGAAGAAGAGCUUCAAACCCAAUUUCAGCAAGCAAAAGAGCUUCUCGAGUACGCACGAUCCGAACUCUCGCAAAACCCGGAGCGACUCAACCGUGCGCAAAAGAAGUUGAUCUCAAAGGUUCUCGGAAAGCGAGACGCAGCCUUGAACACGCGCAUAGAGAGGAAGUGCGAUGAUGCAACGAGACAAGCUACACAAAGACGAGAUAUUGCUCUCAUGCCCAGCAAAGACGAAGAAAAGUGGUUGAAAAGCACUUUUAGAGAUGUUGAGAUUGGCCGGACGGACGACGCCGCGGAGGACGAAGCCGGAAAAAACUGGGAGAAGAUGUCUUCCCUUCUCAAGCUCGGGAUGGACGCUUAUAAGUUCAACAAACUUGCGAUUUCGUCGAAUACUCGCGAGAUUUUGAGAAUAAUGUUCCGGAACAUAGUGGCCCGAAAGCUGCACCAGAUCAAGAUGGGCAAUCACGCCGAGGAGUGA